AUGUCUCUCUCACCCAGAAACUCUGUCUAUAAUGCCGGGCCCCAGCUUCUAAGAGAUGUAUGGGGUCUCACAGCUGUUGCCAUUCUCAUCAUAAUAUUAAGGAUCAUCGCGAAGCUGCGCAUCGGGAAAUUUGGUGCUGAUGAUAUUCUCAUGGUUUCUGCUUUGUGCUUAGCAGUGAUCGGAUCGAUCAUGGUUACCUUGGCCAUAAAGCUGGGCUUCGGCCAAGAACUAUCGAGCAUCAAUACCUCAAAUGUCUCUAAAAUCAUCAUGCACGAUUACUUGACUCAAACCUUCGGUCUCGCAGGCGGAGCCUUGGGCCGAAUAUCCUUCAUCGUCUUCAUCAUCGGCCUUCUUGUGCAGAAGCGAUCCCAUAGGAUCAUUUUGUGGAUCCUCAUUGGCCUGCAAGUUAUUGUUAAUUCCAUAUUUAUUAUUAUACUAUUUGUUCAAUGCCCAGGACAUGCAUCUGCCAUUUGGGCUCAUUCUGGAAAGGCGAAAUGCUGGGAUUUACAUGUUCAAGCCUACUACGGGUAUUUUCAGGGAGCUUUCAACUCUGCAACUGACCUAUAUCUUGCCGUGUUCUCGACAUGUAUAUUCUGGAAUCUGAACCUGAAGGUUCGGGUCAAAGUAGGUCUAGUUGCGCUACUAGGAAUGGGAAUCUUUGCCAUGAUCGCCUCCAUCAUCAAAACCGUUCAGACCCGUGUCCUCGCAACCUCGGAUAGCGAACCGACAACAGCAACAAUCGACUACGACCGCUGGAUUUACAUUGAAACAUACUUGGUCAUAAUAACGGCAUCUAUUCCAUGCAUUCGAUCUCUUCUGCGACCUACGAAUAGCCGAAAAAUAAGCAGCAGCGAUACGCAUGAGCUUAGCUCUCGAUAUGCAAUCAGUAGUAUGCGUUCCAGGACAAGAAGGCGGGACUCUUCCAUUGACGGAAAGAGGAUCAUUAAUGUAUCUGAGGGUGAUCUGAGCAUCGACGACGAGAUUUCUCGAGGAUAUCAACAUAACGUGACGCCCCAAUUGGGGGAGUCUAGAGAGUCUGUGGUCAUUUGCGUGUAA